AUGGCAGUACAUUAUGAGAGAGUUAAUAAUAGAGAGGAGGAGAAAUCAAAGGAGAAAAUUGAGAGGAAUUCUAACACAAAACAGCAAUCAAAGAAUGCGUCAAAGAAGGAUGGUGCUAAUGAGAGAGUUAAUAAGAGAGAGGAGGAGAAAUCAGAGGAGCAAAUUGAGAAGAAUGCUAGUGAGAAUGCGUCAAAGAAGGAUGAUGCUAAUGAGAGAGUUAAUAACAGAGAGGAGGAGAAAUCAGAGGAGCAAAUUGAGAAGAAUGCUAGUGAGAAUGCGUCAAAGAAGGAUGAUGCUAAUGAGAGAGUUAAUAACAGAGAGGAGGAGAAAUCAGAGGAGCAAAUUGAGAAGAAUGCUAGUGAGAAUGCGUCAAAGAAGGAUGAUGCUAAUGAGAGAGUUAAUAACAGAGAGGAGGAGAAAUCAGAGGAGCAAAUUGAGAAGAAUGCUAGUGAGAAUGCGUCAAAGAAGGAUGAUGCUAAUGAGAGAGUUAAUAACAGAGAGGAGGAGAAAUCAGAGGAGCAAAUUGAGAAGAAUGCUAGUGAGAAUGCGUCAAAGAAGGAUGAUGCUAAUGAGAGAGUUAAUAACAGAGAGGAGGAGAAAUCAGAGGAGCAAAUUGAGAAGAAUGCUAGUGAGAAUGCGUCAAAGAAGGAUGAUGCUAAUGAGAGAGUUAAUAACAGAGAGGAGGAGAAAUCAGAGGAGCAAAUUGAGAGGAAUUCUAACAAAGAACAGCAAUCAAAGGAGCUACAGCGGGAACAGACGGAAUGGACGAGAACGGACGUGAACUGA